AUCUACAACAGAUCAACGCAUCAGAGGUCCACUGCGAUUACUGCAGUCGAGUGUGAUCUAAAUAUAAACGCAGGCGUCCUAACUUGCAACCAGUAUAAGUGUCAGACUCAAAGAUACAAGUGCUAAAGUGACAAAAAUGUGGAAACUUAUCACCCUGUAUUUUGUAACCGUCGUUCAUGCGACGAAAUUAGAAAAUUUCUACGGAGAGUGGUACCAAGCAGCUUUCUAUCCUGUCUCGAGUUACGCUCCCGUUUGCAUCCAGUACUCGUUUUCUCCUACCUCUGACAAUGUGCAAUGUACUUACGCUGAUGGGAAUAAUGCUACACUGAUGCAAAUGACGAUAAUGACGGAUAAGGGUCAGAUAAUCCAGAAUUCUCCAUUGCCGGUGAUGAUAGUGGAGACUCCAGAUGAAGUGAUGCCGGCUCUGAACAUGACUUGUACGUAUGGAGAUCAGGAAACUCGAGGCCAUGUAGUUAUAAGGUUGGUGAAUGACAAUUACUUCAUAAUGUUCCACGAUAACGAGCCUUUCAUAGAAACCUCUAAUGCCGAAGUAGAACAGAAUGCUGCCUUCCUUUUUGUGAAGAACGUUGUGUCGGAGAGUGAGUUACUUCAAGCUAUGAUGACCAUUGAAGAUUUAAAACGGAGGCGAGGUGGCAUGAUGUGCGUCAAGGAGAAUUAUCACGGAUUCAGUACUGCUAAUAAAGUUUGAUAUAGACAAAGAUGAUUUUAAUGUUGUUACAUGUUACCAAAAAUGUUGUUUUAUUUCAUAGCCACGAAUAUAGUAUUAAAUUAUUUCUUUAAACUGUUUUA